AUGUCUCGAAGUCUUGACUACCCACCGCUUUGGUGUAUUUGCCAACGAGGUUUGAAGAUGGUCACAAAGAACCACAUCAAAGAAGGCUGCAUGGUUAAGGCGGCUGGUGAGUGGCUCGGUAGAUGUGUUCUUCUUCUUCUCUCCCUAGGUGGUCGGCUCCUGCUUGGCUCGUUGGAUGAGCCACCGACCAAUGAUUUACUCGACUGA